AUGAUUGGUCAUAUUAAUAAUCAUCAAAAAAAAAUAGAGGUACAACUAUUAUCAACUACCAUGUUGUCUCAGCUACUCUCUCCUUUAAAACUAAAAUCACCUUCUAUUAAAUCAAUAUCAACAACAACAACAACAUCACUAUCAUCAACAUUAUUCACAAACCAAUUAUCAUUAUCGUCAUCUCAACCACCUUUGACUCUAUCCUAUCAACUCAACGCCCAACAACAACUCAAAGAUCACCAUCAUCGAUGGUUCUCUACAUCAAAUAGAAAUAGUACAUUUGAUGAUAAUAUCUGUUUGGUUCAAGUGAAUAACCAUUCUAUUACAACAUCACUGCCAGCGAUAGAUCAAAUAGAUAAAUGUGUUAACCCAUUCAAGAAUAACCCAAUUGUAUUCUCUGACACUAAACAAGAUGAUAUCAUUGAUUGGUUUAUCAAUACUUAUGGUAUGCCAAAGUCAUCAUCACCAUCUAAACUCGUUGAUACCACUAUGCCUCUCAGAGGAAGAGAUUUUGUGCUUGAAUGGGUAUAUGAAUCUGUCAUGGAAACCUAUACUACUGCCAACCAUGAGACGGGUCCCAGACAACCAAUUUUAAUUUCAGGAGCAUCUGGUAUCGGUAAGACUAGACUAAUGGAAUCUAUUGGUGAUUACAUCUCAACCAGAGAUGAUAGUCCUCUUCCAAAACACCAUCUAGAUUUGUCAAUAUCAUUUGGUAGUCGUACACCCUAUUGUCCAUCACUAGACAGUGAUCCCAGUCUAUCAAUUUGCUCCAGAAUACUUUAUCGUUACUUUGUUGAAGGAUCUGGUGUCUCAUUCCAAUCGUUUGUUGAAACAAUCAAAAGUUGUAUUGAUCUGACAGAAAUGACAGCAUCAAGUUGCUUUUCAAUGAUCAAAAGACAUAUGGUCCGUACAAAUCAAAUUAAAGAGGAUCUGAAAAUGUUAGUCAACUUUGGUAUUGAUGAUGUUCAACAUACAAUCAACGAGACUACUCAAAAUCCAUACGAAAGAUCAUCAACCCUCAAAGAUAUGGUCAAAUCUACAGACAAUCUAUUAAAUAGAGACCAAUUUAGUCCCAUAUUUUACAAUGUCGUAAUGACUGGAUCGAUAUUGGAUGAUGAUUUACAAUCGGCUGUUCGCCAAACAUCAUCUGACUAUAGUGUUCCUAUAUCCAACACUCUCAACCAAGAAGAGUAUAUGGAUAUUGCAAGGAAAAUGAUUGGCAAGGACAAAUCCAAUCUACCUCAAGUAAAAAGAGCAUUAAAGUUUAUGGGUGGAUGGCCAAGUGCUCUCGAUAUUUUUUUCAAAUCAAUUCCCAGUGACUUGGAUGCUCUCAAUACCUCGCAGUUGUUAGAACUAUGUGAUGGUCCAUUGAACAAACUGUACCCAAAUCAAAUGGAUCAAACAAUGACUGAUAUCAUUGCAUACUCUAUUGCUGGUAUUGAAAUGCUCUAUCCAAACUAUACACAUAAUGCCAAAUCACCACCAUUUGAAGACAUCCAACCCUUUUGCUGCUACACAUUCUCUCAAGUUUACUCGAUGAUUUCCGUUCCACUCAACUUUAUCAGAAGACAUUUAAAUACAUUUGAUGGAAACCCAAACCGUCCAGCAUUUAUGUCACCACUUGGAAAAGUCAUUAAACUAUUAGAGACUGAAGAUAUGAAUGAUAGAUCGUGGCAAGAACUGAAUCAACAUUUUUUAUCAAGCAAACUCUUAGCCAUCAAAGAGGUCGAAUUGGAAGAUAUCACACUGAAAGAUAUCUAUGGUGAUGCAGUCUAUUUCCCUCCAACCAUUAAAGAUAUGGAUUAUGAUACUCGAUAUGGUGAUUAUGUUUGUCUUGGAGAGUCAAAACUUUUAAAAGGUAAAGACCCCAAGUUUACAAUAAACCAUUUCAGAGGUGUAUUGGAAAACAUUCAAAAAGUAGCCACUAAAAUGGGAAAGAGUAAAUAUAUAGUUGUAGUCUAUACAAAUGGAUACAUCACUCAAACAUCAAUGAAUGAGUUCCAAAAAGUAGUUGGAAACCAAAAAGCUAUAAUAAUUUGUCAAGGUGUCAAAAACAAAGAUGAUCAAGUACUUCGAACAGCUAAAUCUUUCUAUUCUCCUUUUCCAGACUUUAUCUAA